CUCUUUAUCUUUGGUCCUUCCUGAGCUCGCGGCGAACAAUGGCGAGGCUGCUCUUUCCUCUGGGUCUGGUUACAGCACUCCUCAUCUUCCUUUUCCGCACCGUCUCGGGCUUGUCCCUUAAUGAUUUGUUCAUAGUCCAGAGCGGGAGCACCGACGGCGGCUGCGAUACUCAUUUCAACCAGGCGGCGGAAAGUGGCACACUGGAUGACUGGCACACAGAAAUCACCUUUGCCCUUGACUUGGUCGUUAACCGACUUGAUACAUACGACCAAGAUAUCAAAGUUCGAAGGGCGCUUCAAAUCUUCUUCGGCAUCCGCAACAAUGGAAAGGCUUCGGCGCCUGCGCGGGUUGAAAUCGACGAAAUCAUCGGCCAAUUCCAACGUGCUAAGGACUUCUUCGACUUUCGACAAAUUGGUGGCGUACCAAUGUAUCCUCUGAACGGGAACCGCUAUUUGUUUUGUGACAGCAAUUUUCUUAUACACCAAGCGGAGGACACGCCGGCCCAGGACUGGAACGCCCAGGACAUCAUAGACGCCAAUGGCAACAUCGUCACCAUAGGAGACGUGCCCGGGUACGCUGAAGCCCUCGCUGAGAAUAAAACCAGUGAAGCCUGGUGGUCCGGCGACCUCACACCGGUGAACGGAUACUACUUCUCGCCCACCGGCGGCGACUACUGUGACGGUGCCGGUCUUGGUCUCACCGCCGAGAUUACAGAGUUGAACCAGCCCACCCGACCCACCGGAAUAGAGAGCAUCAUACUUUGCGGUAGCAGCUUCACGAACGGAAAACCAAAUAAUUACAGGGAUGGGGAUGCGCUCAUCCAGGCGGGAACCAACCUUGCGGAUGUGGUACCAAAGAGCGCAACCCUCCUCCACGAGGCCCUUCACGUCCUCAACGGAGCCGGCCCGACCGGAUUUCUUCAGGGGGAUGAGAUCUAUGAUAUCGCCGCGUGUAUUAACGCUGCCAAAGCCACAAAAAAGCGAAAUCCUGAGAACUACAUCUUCUUAGUCACUCACUUGUACUACCUGUAUGGAGAACCAGAAGACGGUAAUCCAGGUACUUCUAUAAACACGAACUGGGAUUUUGCAGUGGUCGGGAAUGGUGCAAAUAGGAUUCUUGGGGCGUUAACGCCGUAAAGGAAGCCGAAUGUCUAUACUAAUACUAAAGGAGAUGCAGUACUGUUUCUCGUCAAGUUAUGUAGAUACUUCAUAG